UAUAUUUAACGGCUGCUGCGGAGAAGGCAGGGAGGCAGGGAGUGGUGGUGGCUCCCGGGGCAGCUCCUGUCUUCGGGGACAAGGCCUCGCAGCCGGGCUGGCACCGGCCCUCGCCGUGUGAGCGUCACCAUGCCAGCCUCCCAGAGCCGCGCCCGGGCCCGGGACCGCAGCAAUGUCCUCAACCGGGCUGAGUUCCUGUCCCUGAACCAGCCCCCCAAGGGGGCCCCGGAGCCCCGCAGCUCAGGCAGGAAGGCCCCGGGCCCCUCGGCGCAGCCCCCGCCCCCUGGCGAUGGGGCCCGCGAGCGGCGCCAGUCACAGCAGCUGCCCGAGGAGGACUGCAUGCAGCUGAACCCCUCCUUCAAGGGCAUCGCCUUCAACUCCCUGCUGGCCAUUGACAUCUGCAUGUCCAAGCGGCUGGGGGUGUGUGCCGGCCGCGCCGCGUCCUGGGCCAGCGCCCGCUCCAUGGUCAAGCUCAUUGGCAUCACGGGCCACGGCAUCCCCUGGAUCGGGGGUACCAUCCUCUGCCUGGUGAAGAGCAGCACGCUGGCCGGCCAGGAGGUGCUCAUGAACCUGCUCCUAGCUCUGCUCCUGGACAUCAUGACGGUGGCCAGCGUCCAGAAGCUCAUCAAGAGGCGCGGCCCGUUCGAGACGAGCCCCAGCCUCCUGGACUACCUCACCAUGGACAUCUACGCCUUCCCUGCCGGGCACGCCAGCCGCGCGGCCAUGGUGUCCAAGUUCUUCCUCAGCCACCUGGUGCUGGCAGUGCCCCUGCGCGUCCUGCUGGUGCUCUGGGCCUUCUGCGUGGGCCUGUCGCGCGUGAUGAUCGGCCGCCACCACAUCACGGACGUCAUCUCGGGCUUCAUCAUCGGCUACUUCCAGUUCCGCCUGGUGGAGCUGGUCUGGAUGUCCUCCAACACCUGCCAGAUGCUCAUCUCUGCCUGGUGA